AUGGAGACGGAGAUGGCACCCGCGCCAAGCGCAUCGACACCGGCACAGCUGCGGGGCGACUGCCACGCGCGCGACACCGGCGGGACGAAGUUGCCGUAUUCCGAAGUCAUUCGUGUGGUUACAGCUGCGGGUCGACUCACGCGACCCAUGUCUAGCCCCUACAUGCUGGAGGUGCUGCGGCCGCCGGCCGGGGGGACCGGGGAUGGACGCAGCGCUCAUCGCCCCUUCAUGCCUACUCGUCAAUCCCCGCUGCAUAGCCUCGGGAACGGCGGCGGUGGCGGCGGGGGCAGUAGCGAGACAGCGAAGGUCUACGGCUUUGACUACUGCGCCGGCCCCAGCACGACGCAGGAGGAGUUCUUCGACAUGCUGGAGAUGCCGGCGCUCUGCGAGGCGGCGCUUGCGGGUGAGGUGGUGACGGUGUUCUGCUUUGGGCAAACAGGCAGCGGAAAGACGUACUCGCUGAGCGGGCGGGCGCUUCCGGGGCCGGCGUCUGCGGGUCCAGUCUCCGACACCCCUACGCCGCUGGUCGCCGAGGAUGGGCUGCAGUAUCAGGCCGUGCACUACAUCGCGCGUCGACUCAAGGAGCUGCGUCGGUCGUCAAGGAAGCUCAAGAGCAAGCUCAGAGACAGCGACGGCGCCAGAAAGGGCUCUGCCGAUUGCCGCGAUGAUGGCGGCAUCAGUGGCGCGUCUGUUGGCGCUUCUGCCUCCGCGACCACGGUGGUGACGGCGAAGUGCUCCUUCGUCGAGCUCUACCAGGAGUCCCUCUAUGACUUGCUCCAGCCAGACGGUGGUGACGGGGUGCGGUGCCGCUGGUCGGCCGCGGCCUCGUCUUUCUUCGUAGAGGGCUCACUGAUGGUCGAAUGCCGUGGCCGUGAGGACUUCCUGCUUGUGCUGCGCGAGGGACAGCGAAAUCGGCAGCGCGGCAGCCACGCACUCAACGUGGACAGCAGCCGUUCGCACGUCGUCUUCACCGUCUUCUUUGAAGUGCGGGACGAGGCGGCCGCCGCGACCUCUGCGGAGGGUGUCGACAGUGACGGCGCACCGUCGUCCUCGCCGCUGCCUGGCGCCGCAGCUCCCCUCUCGUCCACCCGGCACGGGCGACUUGUCUUUGUGGAUCUGGCUGGAUCGGAGCGACUCAAGAAGACGCUGUCGACCAACAGUGCGGAGACGGGGUCUAUCAACAAGUCUCUCUUCAGCCUUGGCCGUGUGCUGGAGCUCCUCUCCGCCUCCCCGCCUGCGUCGUCCGACGCCACGCAACCGGCGAAAGCGUCAGCGCAGCCGCCGCCAUUCAUUCCCUACCGUUCAAGCGUUCUCACUCAGCUCCUCAUGCACAGCCUGGAUGGGCACGGCCGCACUGUGAUGGUCGCCUGCGUGAGUCCGAGCGCGCUGCACCUCGAGGAGUCCCUGCGCACGCUCCACUACGCGGAGCGGGCGCGCCACAUUCGUGCGACACCGGUCGUGCACGUCGACGCCGCGACGCAGGCGCGGAUGGCGCUUGAGGAGAAGGUGCAGGAGUUGCGGAAGGAGAAUGCGCUGCUGCGCCGCGCGCUGGGCCUUCCGCGAGCCGGCAAACUGCAAGACAGGCAAGUUGAGGCUCGGCUGGAGGAGCUACAUCGCGCGUGGGCCGCAGCUCAGUUUGCUGCACCUCCACAUGAGGCCCCGCCACGGAGUGCCGCAGCGCCUCCACGGCUGUCCUCGACUCCACGAAAGGACCCACCGCCGCAACCGCGACAGGUGAUGCGUGCGUGCCCGUCUCGCCCCGCAGUGCCAUUGGUGUCCAGUGGGGCCACUGCCGCGUCAGGCACAGUUGGCCUUCGGGCAUCAUCACCGCAGACGGUGGUGAUGUCCUCCACGGAGAGCGAAGCGGAUGAUGGGUCGCCAAGCGUCACAGGCAACGCCGAUCUACCGUCGAGUGUCCCGCCAGCCGCCACGGUGAGCAUCUUGGACCUGCUGGAGGCGCUGCCGGACACGCGGUUGAUGCACACAUAG